AUGGCGUCGACACCAGAAUUCAACUCCUCGCUAUCCCUUGAGUCCGACUGGAGUGAAUCAGAUUCCGGUGAGGAGGAUUUGUUCAGGGACUUCAGUGAUCAGAUUGCUUCCGCGCCUAUGCGACGCCUACCUGUAGGGUACACACAGCCCGGCGACGAUUCCGGUACAGCAUUGCCGAUGGGCUCAAUCAUUAGUGGUCAAGUGUCGUGUCCUUUUCCAACGCGAGAUAUGCCUUACCAAAGUUUUGCCGACUGGGUCCUUCUGAAGCUAGCAACUCCCAGCCCUGCACUCCAGAAUGGAUAUGUUGAUCCUCGAACUGGAUCCUUGGUCAUGAUCGAACACAUACAACCUACCAUGCCUGAACCUGGCACCGAAGUCUACGUGCUAGCAGGUUCGCAAGGCACUUUAAUGGCUACAGUUGGACAGAGUCUUAUACGGCUGCACCUACAUGACUUGGAAAUGUCCGUAACACAGAUAUGCUUACAGAAGCCGCUAUCGCGCGGCACCUCAGGCUCGUGGGUGGUGUGGGAGCAAUCUGUGAUCGGCUACGUUGUGGCUGGCCAGGAACUGAUGCCUCUUGCUUAUAUCAUCCCAUUCCGCGCUUUCCUUGAAUCUGCUGGGGGCGACUUUGCCAUGGCGCAGAUCGCGUUGCGUCCGCCACGGGUCCUUCACGCGUCAGAUCGCACAACCAUAGCCGUCGAAGAACCCGACACAACUCAGAUAGUGCGGUCCUCUCUAAGGACCGAAACGCAGGCGGAAACCUUGGCGACCCAUGCUUCGCCUCCCACCGAUCCUCCAUCAUACCAUCAGCCUCCAGAAAUGUCACAGAAGGACCAGCUGCUCUCACGACUUGCUCAGCAGGGCAUCAAAGCUAGCUUGGCGCACACCAAUGGUUAUCAAGAUCAACAGGUCGACGUCGCCUCCUCCCCAGCACGUCCCCACCAAGCCACCAAGAAGCGCGCCUCGACUUCCUCUAUUCCAUGGCCGGGCCUUGACGAUGAUGAGCUCGACGCGCUCUUGGAUCUUCCACACCACCGCAGAUUUCCGCCACGCAGCAGCAGGACUGCACCAUUACCGCCAUCGCCUUCGCUUUUCAACCCCCGUCGCUGCCUACACUGCGGCAGCUCCAGCCACGACGCAAGCUGCUGCCCGGAGAGGCUGUUCGCGCAUCAUUGA